UAUGAAUUAGUUCUUUCAACAGUCUCGUUUUGGAUCUAAAUGGAGAUGGACGUCUUUAUCUUUCUAGUGGGCUUCUGUGCAGUGUCUGGAGAAUUUGUCGAUGAUACAAGUUAUAUUGAAACAUUUAUCAAUCAAAGGGAGUCUACACUGAGUAGAAAAUACCGGCCUAUAUAUCACAUAAUUGCCCCAGAUGGUUGGAUAAGCAAUCCUGCUGGUUUCACAAUUUUCAAGCGACAGUAUCAUAUAUUUUAUCAAUAUCAUCCCUAUAAUGGAGCAUGGGGUCGUAUGAGUUGGGGGCACGCUAUAAGUUCGGAUCUAAUAGAAUGGGUGCAUUAUCCUGCAGCAUUGAUACCGAAGGAUUACUAUGAUAAACACGGCUGCCUGGCAGGAACAGCUCUUGUGCGAAAGAAUUUUCUGACCCUUUUUUAUACUGGUCACGUAUCUGAGAAAGAAAGUAUGCAGACGCAGAAUGUUGCUCUCAGUGGCAAUGGCCUUAUAUUUCAGAAGUAUCUAUACAACCCUCUUGUCAGGGACUCGCCGAAUGGUAUGGGAGAAAUACGUAACCCAAAGGUAUGGAGAUUUAGAAAUGUAUGGUAUAUGAUUGUUGGCACCACCUCGAGACAAUGGAAUGGCCAGUUAGUACUCUACACAUCUACUGAUAUGUUUAAUUGGAAACAUAAUGGAACUCUUGUUGAAUCUUUCGGAGAUAUGGGUUACAUGUGGGAGAAUCCUGAUUUAUUUGAAAUAGAUGGAUACCAUGUUCUGAUCUUAUCCGUGCAAGGGAUCGAAGCAGAUGGAUACAGGUUUAGAAAUCUCUAUCAAAACGGUUAUGUAGUUUGUUUUUUUAAUUACCAGCGGGCAAGGUUUGAAGAUCUUGAAGUUUCUACAGCUACCUUCUACGAGUUGGACUAUGGACAUGACUUUUAUGGUGCAAAAACUUUGCGCGCUCCAGACGAUAGAAUAUUAAUGGUGGCCUGGCUCGGUAUGUGGGAGAGUAAUUUUGUCGAGUCUACUGAGGGAUGGGCGAGCAUGUUGACUAUUAUUAGGGAAGUUAAUAUGAAUAAAGAUGGGCGUCUUUUGUUGUCACCGAUACGAGAAAUGGUUGAGCUUAGAUCCGAAGUAUUAGAAAAUGCCUUUUACAGUCCUGGUGAGGUAUUUGACGCAGAAGCGAGGUCGUUUGAGUUAAUCGCUGACUCGCGUUCCGUUGAUGCUGAUGUUGGGAUUAUUUUUGAGUGGAAGAACGAGGGCCGCUUCACGAUUGGAUAUUCAGCAGAACAUGAAUAUAUAACCGUGGAUCGUGGCGGGGUAGAUGGCGUACGUCGUGCGUAUUGGUCUCCAAAAGAUUUCGUACAUUUGAGAAUUUUCGUCGAUGCUAGUUCUGUAGAAGUCUUCUGUGGAGAUGGAGAGGUGGUGUUUUCUAGUCGAAUAUAUCCUAAAUCUAUGAGUAUUAGAAUAGCGGGUGAGGCUCAGCUCCAUAUAGUGCAAUACAGGAUUCGACGGAGCGUUGGUUUUGACGCAAAAGUGGCACAACGCUUUAAACAAGAUCUUUUGCACAAGUACUAAGUUGUUGUUGUUAGGUACUUAUACUAAAUUGACGUAUUUGUUAUUAUAGGAAGGUAUUAUUAUAAAUUUCU